CCUCCACAGGAGAGUUCAGAUCGCCAGUCCAUAGUUUUUGAAUUUUCUAGAUGUCACAAAUGGGACGCAAACAGGAUGGUAACAGAAGGGUUAAAUUCCGUUAAUAAUAGUUGUGUUCACACCAAACCAGUGUCACUUUUUUUUUAUUGUAGAGGGGAGUUAAUCACAAAAAUGGCCUCGUAUUAAUUUGCAUGAUGUGUUUUCACAUGGCGAUUUAAUGCAAUUUGUACUUAGGAAAAAUGUCCCAAGACCUGAUUUGUGAUCCGAUUUUCAUGGAGAUCAUCAAUAAGAACAUGCGUGUUCCUGAUCACCUGAGUGUCAGCACAAGGCAGCAGUGGCAGAGGGAGGAAGGAGAGCAGCCCCCACCAGUUUAUUCCAUGCAGGUCCCUGAAAGGCUGACAUACACAGAAGCCCCUGAUAUGAGCCCCAGGCCUCUGUUUAGCCCGUCCAAGCCGAUGAUCUGUGGUCCCAUGGGUCUGGAACCGUGCUGGGAGAGUCCAUCUGGAGAAGUCUUCUACAAAGAAGCACUGCAGAGUCCCAUACGCAGAUCUUACAGUGACCAAAGCUUUGGCAGGACGCCACCUGGCACACCGACCAAGAAGAAACAGGCACUGACCAGACACCCAUCAAGCUCUCGAGGUUCGGGUCAUCACAUACGCGAGCACAGCGCCGCGUCCCUUACCGCUCAGACCACCAGCCCUCAGAUCCCGGCUCAGUCUUCCCCCGCCUCCCCCCUCAGCUCCCUGUCGUCACACCCCUUGGUGCAGGCUGCCAAGCAGCUGGGCCGACAAGCUUCGCAGCGCCUCCUGCAGACGGUCACGCAGAAAUACAGAUUUAGCAGCCAAGAGAGGCCGCCACCAGCGCGGGUCACGCCGGAGAUUCCUGCUUCAGCACACGUGGAGCACGGCGAGAACAGGGCGAUGGAUACCUGGAGCCCAGAAGAGGAGGGAGGAGCUGCAGCUGUUGAGUUCAUCAUCCUGCGGAGACAGGUGAUGAAAAUGAGCCGCAGGCUGGCGGCGCUGGAGCGGCACAACUCUGAACACAGGAGCACUGAAGUCAUCCUCUUCUCCUUGUUGUUCUCUGCGUGUCUGCUCAACGCCUGGCUGUGGAUCCGCAGAUAACACACAACACACGCCGGUGAACCGCUGUCAACGUCCUGUAGCUCUGACCACUGACAGUAGGUACUCACUGUUACCCACAAUCCUCCUGGUGAUUUGGCCAUGAAAAGUAACAGUCCAGUUUUAGCUGAAAUGAUUUUCAUUUGGCAGGAAUUGAAGAUAAAAUCAUUAUAUUUCAAUUUGUAUUAGUGUUCAAUCAAUGAAAUGUUGUUUUUCCUUACUCCUCUUUACUACGUUUGAGUUUUGAAGUUAAAUGAAGGCUACGUUACACAUUUGGAUGUGAGGGAUAUUCAAGUCCAACUCUCGUAUAUGCAUGUCCACUCAACUCAACGAUAACAAUAAGAAUCAGAGCACUGAAUUAUGCACUGAAGUUGUGUGGCUGUGUAAAGUGAGUUCAGUUUGGAGCAAAUGAUGCUCAGCUCCUUCCAGACACUAAAGUCAUUUUUUUUUUUUUUACAUUAUUUAUUCGAGGUGAACUGUUACAGGUUUUGUGAGGUUUAUCACACUGUUUAAAAUGUACAUUAAGAAUUCAGUGACAGUGAUUGAUGAUUUGUAUUAUAAUCAAUAUAAUACAAUGCACAUACAGUGUUUUUCUGACUGCAUGCACUUUUGAUCGCUGCAUUAAAGCGCCCUCUUGUGUGAGGUGUUUAAUGUGGACAUUAAAGAUAAAGAAUAUUUUCUCCCAAAGUUAUAGAAUUGUAUGUAAAUGUGUGUAACUAUGUUUAUAAAAUAAAAGUAGGCGAU